AAAAAAAAAAAAAAAAAAAGAAAGAAAAAAAGAAAAAAUAUCAUACUACAACAUACUACAACAACGCACCUCUUCUUCUCCCCUCCUCCUCCCUUUUUCGUUUUUCAUUUUUCGUUUUUUUUUCCUUUCCUACCUAUUACUCCACCUAUUUCUAUCUUUCUAUUUUACUUUCUGACCUGAUAGUCACCCAAUGGAUAUCGACCGCGAUCGUGAAAAGACUGCACUGAGCCUAGUUGUUGGGAUGAAAAUGGCUAUGACACAAAAGAAACCCUCCACUCGUAAACUACCAGGAGCCGGCGCUUCAACCGUAGCAUCACAAGCAGCAGCAGCAGCAGCAAAAGCAGGACCAGGAGAGUCCUCAGUCUUGAACGCGCCGAUCGCGAACAAUGUUAACAAGACUCCCGGCGGAGUAUCAAAACAAGCAAGAGUAUCGGCAGGGGCAAGGGUAAGACCACACAUUGCCGUUGAGUCUCCUGUAGGGGCAUUCCCCAUUAAUGGAAUCACUGUUGGUGUAGAAAAGAAGGAGUCAGCAGGCGCAGGAGCAAGUACAAAUCCCAAUACCUCCAUCGAUUUACUUCCACCCAGCCCUAUCCUCUCACAUAAGCAGCCCAAUGGAUCGAUGGUUCCUAGACAGCAUCACCAUAUCAACGGCCACAGCAAUAACAAUAACAAUAACCACAGUAAUCCACAUCCCCCAUUACGUUUCUCAUUUGCUACUACGCCUCCCGCAGCCGCAGCAGAAUGGAAGCCAACACUAUCCCUUGACUUGAUUUCACCAGGCUCAAGUCCAUCAAUACUCAAAACCCGAGAAAUGUUUACAAGACCAGAUCUAACCCCUGUUUUCCAUUUGGAGAGAUAUUAUAUGGUCCGAGCAAGUCUUCCAAGAAGCUUUUAUAUUGUUAUGGCACAACAUAAUAUCCGGCAUUGUUGUGUCUUUGAAUUUCCAGUGGGUGAUAAAUGGUGGGGUGAUCUAAGCGGCAUGCGAAAGAGCACAUAUAUCGAUUUUAAAGCUGAAAACUCAUCAACCAUGUGGGAACUACAUUUAAAACCUUCAAGAGAUCGCACAAAUAUUUUUGGAUACAUUUGCAAGCAUGAUGAUCUCGCCAAUAUGAUUAGUAGUCAGAAGCUCAACCUACUUAAAGCUCGGAGGUUGCCACUUGUAUUAGAUUUAGACGAUACACUAGUGCGACUUGUUGGUAAUGAGAGGACACGAUAUGUUUCCGAGGCCGAUGCCGCAAAAGUACCUGGUCGCGUAAGGAAGCUUCGGGAUGGACGUCAAGUGGUAUUAACAGAGUAUGUUGAAGAGUUUUUGGAAUGGGCCUCCAAACUAUAUGAUAUAUCAGUUUGCUCUCUAGGUGAACAGUCGUAUGUGGAUAUGGUGGCAGAUGUGCUAGAUCCCAUGAGGACUCGUAUUCGUGGAACGAGAUAUUCAGCCCGACAGGAAUACGACUUCUUAAACUCUGCACCUCCUACAAAUGCUUUAUCGGGACCACCAGGUGGAACGGUAACAAAUGGAGCGCUAGUACCGGGAGUAAAUAAUAUCAACCUCAACGUGUCUAAUCAACCCCCAGCACCACCAAAGGACCUUUUAUCCCUGUACGCGUUCUGUGCAAUGACUAAACCUUCAACAGAUGGACUACCCGAUAUUGGCAACGGGUUUGCACUCCCAUUGAUUUUAGAUGACCUGACACAGAUGUGGCCACCUGAUCAGCAUGAUAAUGUGAUCGUUGUCAAAGAGCGCAAGAACUCGCCUGUUUGGACCGUCAACUUAUUUCCAAUGGUUCAACAUGUCCUUGGCGCUGUUCAUCAAGAGUUUUUUAGGGCGUACGAUUCCUGGGAAAGAGCACGUGCAGCAGCACUAGCUUCCAUCACUAUUCCAUCUCCAGGAAUUUCAGAGUCUGGUAUGGCUGGCGAGAAUAAUGCGAAUGGAACGGCCGCGUCCUCUAAUACUUUGACUGCUAUUGACUUCACAGCAAUAACUCCUGCAAAGACACAGUUUUUGAGUAUGCCAAUCCCCUCAGCGAUUGGUUGUUAUAAAGAAUGGCUACGUGGAUCACUUCGGGAUCAAAUCAGCCUAACAGCGGCACCACCACCUUCAGCACUAAGAGAAGCAGUCGCACAACAACAACAGGCUCUUGCCCAGCAGCAACAGCAACAUCUACAACAACAACAACAACAACAACAACAACAACAACAACAACAACAGCAGCAGCAGCAGCAGCAGCAGCAACCUCAGGUUCAGUCGCAACUAUCCCUGCUAUAUCAACCAAUGCAGAUACCGCCACAACCGCAAAUACUCCAUCAGCAACAGCAACAACAACAUGUUCCACAGCCUUCACAACCCUCUGAAGGCAUUUAGUCUCAUUCAAUCCCCAGUAGAAUUUAUCAAAUAAACGAAAUACACUGUCUAAUGC